UUUAUAGAAAUGUAUGCUUCGGAUCUUUUUCUUUUUUGUGAGAGGGGUUCUCACCGAAAGCUCCUCUUGCGAGUCUCUAAAUGUAGUUAUCUUUGUAUGUAUAUAUUUAUUAGAUUUAGAGCUUUGUUCUUCUACUAGGCUAAAGGUUAUAAAGAAAUGGAUGAUCAUGUUUCUAGUGAGGAGAAUGAGAAUUUUGAUUGGAAUACUGAUGAUGAUCUUGAAAUAGAGAAUUACUCAUCCUCUUGUUCAACUUUAGUAACUACUACUAGGAAUACUCAAGCUAUUAUUAGCAAUGGGGAGGCGAGCACAUCAGCAGCAGCUCCUUCAAACUCCAAUCUUGUUGACCAGUUCCUAGGAAUGGGCUUCUCUGAAAAACAGAUUACAAAAGCAAUUAAAGAAAAUGGGGAAGAUAACGCAGAGUCCAUACUGGAAACUCUACUUACAUACUCAUCUCCGGAAGGAAACAUGACAUGUGAUAGCGAUUCUCAUCAGCAACAACAAUGUGUAAAUAAUGAUGAUUUUUCUUCUGACUAUGAUGAAACUGUUCCUGAUGAUUUAUCUGAGUUUGACAGCUGGUCUGAUGAUGAAAUACCUGAGAAUUACGAAUUGUUGCCUAAACAUGAGAAAGCAUUGUUAUCUUUGACAAGUAUGGGAUAUACAGUAGAAGAGGCUUCAGCAGCCGUGGAGAGAUGUGGUCCUGAUGCCUCGAUUGGAGAAAUAACUGAUUUCAUUUGUGCUGCUCAAAUGGCAAAGACAGAAGCUGUAUUUUAUGAGGAAGAGAAACCAAAAAAACUAUUUACCUCAAAUGGGAAACUCAAGAGAAAGAAAUUCCACGAGCUCGAGGCACAUAAAAGAAAAAAGCAAAAGGGCCCACUAACAGAAGAAGACGAAGUCAUCCGCCUCCCAAACCCAAUGAUCGGGUUUGGGGUCCCAUCCGGCUCAACCGCCAUAACCCACCGCACCCUCCCCGAUGCAGCCGUGGGCCCACCUUUCUUCUACUAUGAAAACGUAGCAUUAGCCCCAAAAGGCGUGUGGGACACAAUCUCCCGUUUCAUAUACGAUGUCCAACCCGAAUUUGUAGACUCACAGUAUUUUUGUGCAACCGCUAGAAAACGAGGAUACGUCCAUAAUCUCCCUAUAAAAAAUAGAUUUCCGAUUUUGCCCUUGCCACCUCGCACUAUCCACGACGCGUUACCCAUGACGAGAAGAUGGUGGCCCGAGUGGGACCCACGGACGAAACUUAAUUGUUUGCAAACGAGUUAUGCGAGUUCGAGAUUGACAGAUAGGAUCCGGAAGGCUCUAGAAAAGUGGGGGGAGAGUGAGAAUGUUCCGGAAGAUGUGAGGAAGUAUGUUAUGUAUGAGUGUAGGAAGUGGAAUUUGGUUUGGGUUGGGAAAAAUAAGGUUGCGCCUUUGGAGCCGGAUGAGGUGGAGAUGUUGUUGGGGUUUCCUAGGAAUCAUACGAGAGGUGGUGGGAUAAGUAGAACGGAUAGAUACAAGUCACUUGGGAACUCGUUUCAGGUUGACACAGUGGCAUACCAUCUCUCUGUACUAAAAGACAUAUUUCCAAACGGUAUAAACAUGCUCUCUCUCUUCUCUGGCAUUGGUGGUGCUGAGGUGGCGCUCCACAGGCUCGGGAUUCCUCUAAAAAAUGUUGUGUCAGUUGAACUCUCGGAAGCCAACAGAGACAUUGUGAGAAGCUGGUGGGAACAAACAAACCAAAAGGGCAAUUUGGUCCAUUUGGCAGAUGUCCAACAAUUGAAUCCUGACAAACUUGAACAACUUAUGAGACCUUUUGGUGGUUUUGAUCUUGUGGUUGGUGGAAGUCCGUGUAAUAAUCUUGCAGGGAGUAAUCGGGUGAGUAGAGAUGGACUUGAAGGUGAACAAUCCGCUCUGUUUUAUGAAUUUCCGCGUAUUCUAGACUUAGUUAAGUGUAUAAUGAAUGGGCAAAAUGAAAAUUAAGUCUCCUAAAGGGCCUAAAAUGAUGGUUUAAUUUGUACCUAAUUUGAAUUCUUCAUGGCCCCUUUUUUUGUUGUUUUUAUUUUAGUGGACUUUUAGAUCAAGACUCGGUAGUAAUAUUAUAAUAUAAGAUAAGAUGUUUGAUUAAAUAAGUUAGGAAGCAGAGAUUGUUCUCUGUGAAUUUUUGGUAAAUCAAUGAUUAUAAUGUAUGCGGAUUUUACGGUGCG